UUUACCGCGCCAUUUUGGAUUUCGCGGCAAAAUCCAAGCUUGACCAAUCAGACCGAAACUUCGGCUGACGUCACGGUUCUAAACACGCCCUCAAAUUCGCGGCCAUGUUUGUUGUGAGUAAGUUUCUGCAAAAUCAUGACUGACUUUGCGGACAAAAUUGCUUUUCUAAGGCCUGUUUCGGCGAAGAAAAUAAGUAGGUACCAGCUGUACUCGCCUUUUGUAAGUUGUACAAGGCUUCGGAAGGUACAGGAGCUGUUAAGUUGCGAUAAAAAUCAACCACCCAAGAUAGAUGGCAUCCUCUGUAUACUUGGUAUCGAUAGCAGGUAUAAUGGUGGAACCAAAAGCCUUCUUAACUACUUACUCUUUGGAUUUUGUAAACUCACACCAGUUGAUUUUUGUGGAAGUAAAAUCACAGAAGAGGAACUAGAAGACAUUGUGGUUGUUGUGAAGGCAGAGAGUGUACAUGUGUACUGUAAUCCAAUCAACUAUCCUCUGCUGCUGCCAUACAUUGCACAUUGGAGGAAUCUACGCAUACACUGCCUUGACAAGGAACUGUAUUUAGAUAAUGAAGAGAAGGCUGAAGAAUUCAAGAUACUAAGUUUUAUAUCCAUGGUAGAGGGAUGUAACUGUCUUGGUAUACCAUAUGGAGUACCCACCCCUGGUGAUCAGCAGCCUUGUUUUGACCCAUUUGUAUUGGAGAAAUGGCCCCUAAUUCAAGCAUUUGCUCUGGAGGGUUUUGGCAGUGGUGGAUUUUUCACUAUGAAGUACAAGGUCAGUGAUGUCACUCAAGAACUAGAGCAGAUUUAUGGUUUGUUGGACCCUGUGUCUGUAGAAACCCUUAUCAAGGAGACUCUUCCUUUGUUUGAACGUCACUGUAAAUCCAUUCUUACAAAUGUGGAUGCAGAAAGCCCAACUGAGCUUCUCAAAGUAACAGAAAGCAGUUUGAGUGAGCCCAUUGUGAGUUACUUUACACAUGGACACAUUGUUGACAGAAGCAGUGAUGAGAGUUCCUUAGAAGGCUCUCAACCUUUUGUUCUCCUGGGAGCCCACUCCACGAGAAAAAAUAUGCACAGUUGUGGAAAAAAUGCCAACUUCAAUAAUAACACUGCAAUUGGAAAUGGUGGCAUUAAUGGUACAACUGCUAAACAUAUGGUCUGUUUUGCUGUGGAACCUAAAGGAAGAAUAACUUGUGCAAGAACGUAUUUUUUACAAACUGGAUUUGUACCAUCUUCAGUGGGCAAUACAGCAAAGAACGAGUCAGUUAUUCAUAGUAAGGACUUGAGGUUACUAAUGGAUCUUUAUCUUCUGUCAAUUAAUGUUGUGGUGGAAGGAGUCAAGACAUAUUCAGAAACAUUUAACAAACAAAAGAGUUACUCAAGUGUUCUGUCAGAGCUCAAGCGUGGUUUGGAUGAAAAGCAAAUUGCAGUGAAUUCCUCCUUCUUAUCCAACAAUGUGAAAUUUUCUCUUGAAGCUUGUGAUUAUUAUGGAAGGAGUGUUGAUUUACGUGAGGAUAUACCACUCUCUGGUUUUAAAAAAGCAACACUUUAUUUGUACGACAUACCAAGUGUGGAGCACCCAGGACAAAUUUUGGGUUCUGUGGUGUUUGGUGAAUCUUUCCUUGACUCUGCUAUAAAGAUACUUGUCCCAGACAGAUCACCCUUGUGGGACACGUCGUUAGUUUUCCUGACAGAAAACAUCCUCAGAUUUGUUACAUGGCAGGGCAAUUGCAAAGACAGACAGAUAUCCGAGGAGAUAGAAUCGUUUGCUAAGUCAAAACCUGACAGCGAUGUCUUAGGAAAACAGUUACUUUGUGGUAACCAAAUUUUUAUCUCAAGUUUGGUGAACGGUUGGGAAGCAGGCUCGCUAUAUAUUUUUGAGCAAGGGUUGGUGUUUGUUCAUCCCAGAGUUGGUUCCAUUGUGUUACAGACAUCCAAGAUAUCUAAACUUCAGUUUUAUGACAAGGACACGCCCUGUGCUCUUCUGAUCCUGACAUAUCAUCCCAGUUCAAAGGACAGUCUACCUUAUUACCUUACAGUGAAACAAAGUCACGUUGUAUUGGCUCUCACGCCUCGUUCCAGAAUUUACAGGCAGUUUUACUCUGAUGUGAGCCACCCGUGGAAGGAAAGACAGCUGCCAAACUUUCCACAGUUCGAAACUAUUGACGAUUUGCCCGAUGAUUUAAAAGAAAAGCACGUGAAUUUACAAAAUCAGCUAAAACUUUCAAGCGGAUCAGAUAUACAGGAUCUAUCAACAGCUGAAGUUUUGUUGCCGCAUUUAAAAGGUUUCCUGUGUCAUUGCUGUGUGAGUAGUUCGUUUGGUAACACGCCUGUUAUGUGCGACGUUUUACCUGUGAUUCUAGGAAACAGUCGCGUAGAACAGGAGCAGUCUCGGGAUUUUGAGUUAUUGUUAACCAUCCUAACUGGUGUACCUGGUAGCGGUAAAGAGUCUCUGUGUUUAGCUCUUUUAGCACUUGCCAAGGAAAACAGCAAGUGGAUAAUCUUAAAGAGGCCAGUCAGUAAUUCAGAUGCUUUUGAUCCUAAAGUUUUACAAGAAUCGCUUACCGCAACUUUGUCAAGUCAGCGACGCCUUCAUGCCAGGCUCUCAGCCAGUGGUAGACGACUGCGAGUUAUUGUGGUCACACCAGGAUUCACUGAUAUAGCAGAGGUUAUUCAAGCCAUAAGGACUCACCCUGAUUCUGAGAUGUCCAAGUGUGUCAAGAUUGGUGCUGUCACAUGCUGCGUGGACCCGCUUAAUACCUUUAUGGGGCACAGAUUGACAUUGCCUAGGUUACUGGAACAGUGCGCUCAAGGCUGGGUCAACAAUGUUGUGUUUACAAGCUGUGUGGAGCCUCAGAAUGAACAGCUCAGCUUUGUCCAGAAACUGGUGCGAGCUUGUAACCCAGAUGUGGCUUUUAUUCUCGCCAAAGGAGGGGAAGUUACAAGGACACCUGAUGUAGAAUUAAUUCUGUCAGACAUUGCAUUAGACGAGGACAGGAUGGUUCAGAAGAGAGAGCUAAUGUGUCCCGGCUGGUCUUUGGGUUUAUUUUUAACUGGAAUCACAGAACCACAAAUUAACGAGAUUGGUGUGACAUUCUAUGGACCACUGAGCAGGCAGAGGUUUGUUUCUAACCUUAAAGGGCUUCAUGGACCCAUAUCAUCCAAGGAAAUACAUUUAACAGGGGCAAUUCACAGUCUACAGGGGCAUGUCUGUUUCUCAGAAGAAGGUCCUUAUAAAAGGGUACACGUUCAGUGGUCCCGUCUCAAUGGAGUACUAAAAAUGAGCCCUGUUGACAGCUCUGCUAUUCCGCGACCCCCUUCAGCAAAAGGCCAACAGAACGGCACUGUCGAAGAAAUCCACGACUACUUGAUUGUUUUCACUGGAUUUAGUCUUCAAGAACAGGUUUUAAAGGACUGGCUCAGAACCUGCUGUAAACCGGCACCAGUGAAACAAAAGUUAAAAACGCGCCAGGAUCUGUCAGAGAAAGAAGUAAACAACAUUGGAGCGAAGCACAAAUUUGAUCCACUGCCUCCUGGCUGGUUUUACAAUGGCCUACAUUACGUCAGUCUUACUGGAGAGAAGGAUUCUAAUCAUCCACUUUUGGAAACAUUUAUAGACCGUUACUUGUUAGAUAUAAAUGAAGAAAUAACGAGACAAAACUCUCAGACAGAUGAUCAUCCUCCUGUUGAUAUAUUUCCCAAGCCAUAGAGCUGCUGUUGAUUUGCGAAAUGAAUUGGUUCUGAACUGAAAUGAUUUAUCGCCGAUUUUAUUGAACAUGGCUGUUAUCGGUGGUUUAUUGUAUCAAUGACUGUUUUGAAAUAUAUUUAUUCAGUUUAAGUCGUAUUUUAUUUUACCUUUUGGGUAAACUAAAAGUUCAAAGGACGUUUUUUAAAAAAAGGAAAAAGAAUUAGAAAGAAGAAAGAUCAGUCAAAGGACAAAACUCUCUGAGAGACGUGGACAGAUGAACAAAUAAAUGGGCAACAUGAAUAGAAACAUAUGUAUUAACAACUACAGUUACGAACUGAUCAAACAAACUGUCCCCUUUAGUACGGGUGUUUUUGUUCAUGUUUUAAGUACAGAAGUUUGUUCCCCCCCCCUAGGAUUUAGGUUGUGAGCGAGCAAAAUACAGUAAAGAAGUAUUUUGAUAUCUAUUUAAAGUAUUUUUACAUUUCUGUUCGAAUAACCCAGCUAACGUUGAUGUCUGUUUUGAGCAGGCACAAGUUUUGAAAAGUGUGCACAUUGAAAUAUUUAUGUGGUAUUCAUUAAAUUAUUAUGCUGGCCGUCUGGCAAACAAUA